AUGCCAGUGAAAUGUUGUUUCUACAGGUCACCGACAACAGAAUCUACGGUGUGGUCUGAAAAUAUGGACACACUUUUAACCAAUCAAGCUGGUCUAGAUGCUUUUAGAACAUUUCUAAAAUCGGAGUUUAGUGAAGAAAAUGUUGAGUUCUGGCUUGCCUGUGAAGACUUCAAAAAAACAGAAAGUGCAGAAAAAAUGGCUUCUAAAGCCAAGAUGAUUUAUUCUGAAUUCAUUGAAGCUGACGCCCCUAAAGAGAUCAACAUUGACUUCAGUACCAGGGACCUGAUCUCAAAGAAUAUUGCAGAACCAACUCUCAAAUGUUUUGAUGAGGCUCAGAAGUUAAUCUAUAGUCUUAUGGCCAAGGAUUCUUUUCCUCGAUUUCUAAAGUCAGAGAUUUAUAAAAAACUGGUAAAUAGCCAACAGGUUGGAAAUCAUAAGAAAUGGCUUCCUUUUUUGUAG